CGCGUUUUCUUCACACACAAGCACAUAUAUACAUACACACACAUUAAUCGCGAAUAUUAUACUUCAAAGUCUGUGCUUGUACAUCGCAGAAACAGUACGUCGUCGGCGAUCGCUCGUUCACCAUAUAACGCAUAUAGUCGCCCGUCCGCAUAUUUUUUUCGUACAUCUUCGCCGCCGUCAUCAUGUACAUCGAGUGGCUGCGAAAUAGUUCGUGGUAUGUGGUCAAGUGUGUAUUGUUGCUGCAACUUAUAUACAAAACGACUGGGGCAGGAUGUUCGGUGGAUCAUGGCAGUGGGAUGAAUUAUCCAACUACCACUGCCAGCGGAACAUGGACAACCCGUGGUGGGAUAUCUUCUUAUGGCUGGGACAGCCGACAACCUAUAGAUCCGUGUAGUCGUUGUACAAAUGUCCCUCCACCAUUGCCCGGAUCUCAGUACACUACACAAUCACACGAUAAUGGAAUGUACAGUGUAAACGACCGUAUUAGUGUCAGCGGUUACAUGUCAGACAAUCGGGUUUCUGUGAGCGGUUACAUGACGGAUAAUCGGGGUACUGCGGGUAUGCAUGGUUCGGAUAAUAGGUACUCCGGUUAUGGUUCCGAUAACCGAGGUAAUGGUUAUGGCAAUGACAACCGUGGUCACACUAACAAUCGGCCCAAUGGUUUUAGCUCGAUCGGUCAUGUUACUGGCAACGGUUAUAUGCCAAGUUCAAAUUACGCUGGUAAUAGUCACGUUACUGAUAAUCACGUUCAAAUUUACAAUACUCAUAACGUAGACAAUCAAAUGAAAAAUCCUAAUUACCGAGGUAAUGGUUACGACAAUUUAAGUCCCGAAUGGGAACGAAGACAUAACAACAAAAAAGUCAGCGUUAUUAGUGGCAGUGGUGGUUAUGGAAGUGAUAUUGGCAGUGGUGGCGGUGGCAGCUAUGGAGGUGUUAUAGGAGUGGGCGGUGGCUAUGGAGAGGGUACCAGUGGAGGCGAUAGCUAUGGACAUGGUUCUGGUAGUGCAGGAAAUGGUGGUAAUGGAUAUUAUCAAGGAAUGUCAUAUCCUGUUCCCAAUAUUCCUGACAGACAUGGAACACACAUGCAGAGCAAUUAUCACAGACCGUCCAACGAUCGGUGGAAUAUCAAAGGAGCAUAUCCAGUGAAAGUAGAAUCAGGAUAUUGGCAAAGUCAACCACCUAAAGACAUCGGCUGGGACGAGGCCAGCAAGAAAGUGGGAGUGAUAGCCGGAUGGAUUGGUGGACCUAAAAAAUAUGAGUCAAGCAAACCUUCAACGGCAUACGGUUCGCAUCAGUUGAAUGACAAAGAUGACAACGAUUACUACAACAAGGGAACCGGUUACGAAAAUAAUUGGGACCGAAAGAAACCUUAUAUGGGUUGGGGAGGUUCUGGGUCGUACGAGGUCGUCAAAAUGAACAAUGGUUACAAAUACAUUGAUAGAAAUAGCAACAGCGAGUAUGGUUCUUCUUACGGAAAUGGUUAUGGUUACGGAGGACAGAGUUACAAUAACAAACCAAGUCAAGAUUACGGAUUGAAACCGAUGAAUGUCGAUCAUGGCAGACCUUACGACUAUGGAACAUUGCACGGUCAUGAUAAACCAAAAAAUGAUUACGGUAAACCCACACAUAACUACGGUACUACCAAUUCGCAAGACUACGGUACUCCAACCACUCACGAUUACGGUUCUAGUCCACAUAUUAAUUUACAGAGUACACCACGUCCAAUUGGGUUCGAAGUUACGACCCUGAGACCUCCAGCAUGGGAUUCUCAGAAACCUGGAUAUCCUGUGAUAGCCUCUAGGCCCACUCAACAUUGGGGUGAAAAUUCGUUUGGUGAACAAUUAAGCAGUGUAGUUAGUGGUUCGAUGGGUUAUGACAGACCCGGUGGAAACAGUCUUGCAAGACCAGUUGAUUAUGGUUCUUCGAGACCAGAUAGUUACGGAGCUCAGAGGCCGGUCGAUUAUGGUUCUUCGAGACCAGACAGUUACGGAACUCAGAGACCGGUUGAUUAUGGUUCUUCAAGACCAGACGGUUACGGAACUCAGAGACCGGUUGAUUAUGGUUCUUCGAGACCAGAUAGUUACGGAGCUCAGAGGCCGGUCGAUUAUGGUUCGUCGAGACCAGAUAGCUAUGGAACUCAGAGACCGGAAAAUUAUGGAUCUUCUCGUCCGGGUGGAUAUGGAAGUUCUCGUCCAGAUGGGUAUGGAUCAUCUAGACCAGGUAGUGUAGGAGAAACAUCAGACUAUGGAUCCUUCAGACCGUACGCGGGAUCCAUGAACAAUAUGGUAUCAGAUUACGGUUCCCAAAAACAGGAGUUUGAUAAAUUCAGCGGUUAUGCAGAUAACGACGAUGGUAGACCGCAAAUGAAUAACAGACCGGGAUACAACAAUGAAAGGCCUUUCAUGAAUGGAAACGAAGUUUAUGGUUCACAACAGCAGACGGGUUCAGGAUAUGGAAAAGGAUACGCAUCGAAUUGGGACUAUUAUUCUAAUUCCAUGAGGGGACAGUCCAGCAACGGAUGGAACGACCAGCAGCGAGAAUACUUACAGAGGAGACCGGAUGGCGAUGUUUUGCAGUCCGGUUCGAGCUUCAGGCCCUCCGAGUCCACUCCUCUACAUUACAACGGGCACAGUGGGAUCGGUGCAUCGACCGACAACGGUUUCCUGUACAGAAGUCCGUCGACAAUUAUCGGCUCGUCUACAACUCCUAUGCCGACUACUAAUAAUUCAUAAUCGUUUUCGUAUUAAUCAUAAUUUGAUCACUAUGGAUUUAUAACUAUUCUUUAUUUUCAUCGCGUACAUUGCUAUCUAAACCGUGCAAUACCUUCCUAGUGCUGAUUGGAUGAUUAAUAUUAUAAUUAAGUGUAUUUAGUAACGAUUAAAUUAAAAAGAAUGUUUUCAACAUCUUUUUAUUUUUAAAUUUCCUAGGGUGAUAUUAUAAUAUAUGAUUAGUUACAAUUUAUUAUUAAUUAUCAUCUACGUAACGUGUACAAAUCUAUAACUAUUUAAUAAACAAUACAAUUAUAUUAUAUGUAUAUGUUUAUAUUAUGUUAUAAUAUAUUAUAUUAUUAUAAUAUAUAAUAAUAUACAAUAUAUAAUUUAUGUACUAGGUGAUUUGAAAUAAAUAUCACAGCCAUUUUAUCAUAUUAUGAAUAUAUAAAAUAGAGUAAAAUAUAUUAUACUUAAGUUAUUUGAUUUAGAAAAAUAAUUUUUUAAUAACAUCAUUUGAAAUUUUUUUAUUUUUUACAUUCUUUUAAUGGUAAACUUAUAACAUUUUUGUGACAGAAAUAUAUAAUUAAAGCGAUUUAAAAUUUUAAUUAAUAAUAUAUAAAGGUAGAUACACUACUAAAUAUUAGUAGACUUAUCUGCUCAGUGGCGUAAUUUGGAAUCGGUUGUGGGGUGGGAUGGGAUAUAAGUUUAUAUUAUAGUUAUAUUGGGGCUAUGCCCCCCACACCCCCUUGGCCAUUAAAUCUCAUAUAUUACAAUAUUAUAUUAAUUUAUUAUUAUAAAUUAAAUAAGAUGAAUGGUAUAAUAAUGGGUUUCAAAGACAAUAAAGUAAACAAUAAAAUACAUUUUUUAUAAAUUAUAAUAGUAACUAAAUUUUUCUUUUUG